CCAUGCCACCUUGGACGCUCUUUCCAAUCAUGGCUUGCGGUCUCCUGAUGCUCUGCCCUCAGGGCUCCCCGACCAGCAUGGGCCACCCUCUGCCCAAACCAAUCCAAGGGGCAGACACCCUUCCCUCCCCGGGCAGCCGUACCCCGAUAUCCAGGCAGGAGAAGGCCUCCCCCGCAGUGUCCGACGACUACGACGACUACGAGGAUUAUUACGACAACCUCUGGACAACUGAGCCCCCCCUCCGCGGCUCCCCACGGCCGCUGCCCCCCAUUUGCAUGUACGACCGCUGCAAACACCUCCAGGUGCCCUGCCUCGAACUGAGCCGGCUCAGCAAGUGCCUGUGUCCUGGGGUCACCGGGCCGGACGUGGCCCCGGCCACCCCCCGCCUGCGGGCUGUCCACGUGAGCGAGACCAGGGCCAGCGUGCACUGGUGCGCCCCCUCGUCCACAGUCCAGCAGUACCACCUCAAGUACCACGCUGCUGGCCAGGGCUUCAUUUGGGGGCCCCCCCUGAACAGCACCUCCCGCUUCACGGUGGUCUCCGAGCUCUUGCCCGGCACCGAGUAUCUCUUCUGCGUCGUGGCGUCCAACCAAGCGGGUUCCAGCCCGACGGACGAUGACGGCAACGUCCAAGAACACGGUCCUUGCCGGCUGGUCCGAACCCCCCUUCGCCAGAUGACCUACAUCUAUAUAGCGGCAGGCCUGGCCUCCGCCCUGAUCCUCGUGGCCGUUUCAGCCUUGCUGUGGCAUUUCUGUUUCCGCAAAGCCAAACCCGUCCAGCACGGGUCCUUGGAUAACAUCCUGGAGGCAGAGCCGGGUUUGGGACAACCCGGGGCCGCCAACAGCUCUUUCCGGACGGAAGAACAGCUGUGACCGGGUCUCCCUGGCCUGAACGCUCCCAGUUUCUACUAGUUUCCUGUUGGACAUUCCCGGG